AUGCUGUUCACUAUCGGCCUCACCGCGUUAGCUCUAGCCUCUGCGGCUUUUGCUCAAACUGUGGUCGUAGUGGGCUCAGCGCCAACUUCGGGGGGAGGUAUCUUCCAAUACGCUCCCAAUAAUUUCAAAGCGACCAACGGCACUGUCAUUACUUUCCGCUUUUCUGGAGCGCCAGGAAACCACACCGUCACUCAAUCAACGUUUUCCGAUCCGUGCAAUCCCCGUCCUGGAGGAUUCGAUUCCGGUUGGGUUUUCAUACCUGCCAGUCCUCCUCUCUCCGCAACGCCUGAGUGGAAUUUGACGAUCACGGAUGACUCUAAGCCUAUUUGGUUCUACUGCAAGCAGAUUUUACCCAGUUUUCAUUGCUCAUCUGGAAUGAUUGGAGCUAUCAACGCACCCGCAACAGGCGACAACACCUUCGCAGCGUUCCAGGCCAACGCCAAAGCAUUCAAGGGCACCCCCAACCAAGGUGAAGGAGGUUUAGUUGGCAUUGGUGCAUCCGCCUCAGCACCGGUUGGCCCUGUUCCUAGCGGGGCACACCUUUACACUGCUGCUCCUCUGCCCAUUUCGAGCACUCUGUCCAUUUCGAGCGGUAAAGCCGCUUCUACUGUCACCGCUCCUCCAAUGACCAGUCUUGCAUCUACGCCAGCUACUUCAGCUCCCGCUAAGGGCAGCGGCGCGUCUGCUCUAUCGACGAGCUCGCUGGUCGCUUUCAUGGCCGUUGCCGUUGGGUUCGUGCUGGCAUGA